AUGAAUUCUGUUACGAUUUCUGAUGCUGAGAGGUUGAUUGCUGAUAAUUGUAAGUUUGUUAGUAGGUCUUGGUGGGAUAGAAACUGAGAACAGGGUGGUGAAAGAGAAGAGGAGGGGUGGGUGAGUAGGGCAAACGAAGGUAGAGAGGGUAAGCUGGGUCGGGGCUGAAGAAGAAGGUGAGGAGUUGUUGGGUCAAAGCUGAAAGCGUAGAGGGUGGCGGGGGAGGGGGUAGGUCGGCUAGGGUUGAACAAGGAAGAGUAGGGAUAUGUAUUACAUAUAGGUCAAUGCUGAAGAAAGAGGGUAAAAGAAAGAUGAUGAGCUCAUGAUUUACAGUAGUUGUUUAUAAGUUUACUGUAAUAUAUCUUCUGGGCUUGAACUUCUGUUACUAUGAUAAAAAAGGUGUUAUUUUAAGCAUUUAAAAGCGACCUAUGCCCUCAAGUUUACAACACAGCUAAUGGAACUUUGAACCUCGGUUAUUCGUAUUCAUUGUGGACUAAUUACUACUGUAAUCAACCGGUAAGUUUAUUAAUUUGGCUUGUGUACAUUAUUUUACUACAACUCCUGAAUAAUCAAUUGCCCGGGGACUUUAAAUUUGUUCGUCACAAAAGGGUUUUGUUAUACAAGAGUUUUAAUGUAUGUAAUUCUGAUUUUUGGCUAAUUAAAAAUUGGUUCUUAUUGAAACUAGUGCCUAACGGGCAAUUUUGGCCUGGAAAGAGAGAAAAGUUUAAUUUUUUAAAAUUUGAUUUUCUUCUUGAAACACUAUGGAUUUGGGCCAGGCCUAACAGUAAGCAAAGUUUCUCAUGUCUAGUUCAAUUUUUUUUAAAUGAAAAUUUUGUAAUUAAAAAAAAAUUGUUUUAAUUGAAAUAAAGCUUACUAGGCCAUGCUGAAGCAAGUUUGGAAAGGUCAGACCAGGCCAGCAGACGUAGGCUCAAGGGCCGGGUUCCAAACUAAAGCCUGGCUUGUGGGCUUGGCUGAAAAGUUUGGUCAGACUCUUUACAGGUGUAUUUAAAAGAGUAGAACUUAUUGUUAGACCUGUAAAAGGUUCGUUCCUAUUGGACUUUCUUUAUGCAUAUAAGGGACGAGCUAAAUACAUCGGAUGGAAAGUAUCAGACAAAAAAUGCGAUUUCUUGUCUGAUAUUUUCGUCUCUCAUUUUCCCGCUAUCUUUUUUUUCCUCUCGUUGCCGACGGCAGUUAGAGAAAAAAAAGAUCGUUGAAAAAAAUAUCAGACAAGGAAUUGCAUUUUUUGUCUGAUACUUUCCAUCCGAUGUAUUUAGCUCGUCCAUUAUAUGUAAACGUGGUUUUUGCUAAUUUAUAAAAAACUUAUGAAAUGCUUUUAUAUUGUUAACCCUUUCAGUAUAAAAUGCCAACAACAAACACAUCAGUCUACGAUGGGCCUUACACUAACUGGCAAGUUGGCAUGGAAAACCUGACGUCAGGGAACGAUGGUCUUCAGUACAACGGCUUUAUUAUGAACAGAGCUCGUAGGUUUUUAAAGUUUUAUUAGUAUAUUUAUAUUAGAAAAUACUAAGUUUCAUUAUUUUUGUUAUUAUUUUUUAAAUAUUUAAUUGUUCAAAUAAUUCUGUGCUUCCUUUCAAAGCAAAUCUUUCGGGUUAGGAGCUCAUAAUUACUUGAACAAACUAAUAUAUUUAUAUCUAUGUAGAGGUAAUGAUGAUGACAAAAUACACUUGUGGGCCAUACAUGUCACAUCGUUUAUAUUAUGGAAGCCAGAUAUAUUGUUAUAACCAAACAGCUUCGUUGAAAGCAAAUGGCACUACUACAACAGCAUGUUCUGACAUUUUAACUGAUGGGUAUCCUAUGAGAUUUGUUAGUAGUAUGGUUUAUGACAAAAUAUAUGGUAGGUUUACUGUAAACUUUUAGUAGAUACUUUUAGUUUAUCAUGGGCUUUCUUUCUCGGCCUUUGUAGGCUAGUUUUUAUCUGUAAAGCAGGAAUUUCAAGCUGAUAUUGUAGGAAUGCCAAACCAGCAAUACCGACCAUUUUCUGGCCUAAUAUUAGAUAGUGGUACAACAUACAUGUACGCUGAUGGCACAGCUUUAUCGAAUACAUCAGUGCUAAAUUGGGAAAGUGGAUACCCUAAAGGCAAUAAUGUUGUUGUUAUCAGUCAGUUGUUAAGUAAGUUUUUAAUUUUUUUAUUUUGUGGGUCUUAAGCGCCCAGUAGCCUUCAUUUAUUUAUUUAUUUUCUUUUUUCAUGUCUAACCUUGACUUUUUUCUGUUUUGCUACUCGGUUCUUUCUUGACCUACUAUAUUAAUAUGAAGUAAUUUGUCGUUUUCUAGAAUUAUAUGACAUUUCUGGUUCAACAACGAGUAUAAUGCAUUGUAUGAGUGACCCAACAGAACGAUCUGCUUCUACAGUAUGCACAACAACAUCAUAG